AUGCCUUCUAUUCUCGUCGCAGGUGCCACUGGCAACACCGGCCAAGGGGUCGUCCGAACCCUAUCCAACCUAUUCUCCACGGGCAACGCCCUACCCAACCACCAGAUCAUCGCCCUCACACGCUCUCUCCAAAGCCCAGCCGCCCAACAACUAGCCAAACUCCCAGGAGUACAAGUCCUCGAGCAAAACUGGGUCGAGAUUACCGCCGACUGGCUGAAAUCCCACUCCGUCGUCAGAGCAUUUAUUGCGUCACACGUCAACACAACCCAAUUCGCGGAGGAAUCUACCUUCCAUGUCGCUGCCCUGCAAGCAGGCGUGAAAUACGUCGUCCGCAUCUCGACCAACGCGCCCAAUGUCCGCCCUGACUGUCCGGCUUACUACCCGCGUUCCCACUGGGCGAUCGAGACGAUGCUGGCCACCCCGGAAUUCAGCGCGCUGCAGUGGACCUCCCUGCAGCCGAAUAUGUUUUCUCCGUUCGGUCUAUUUUCCGCCGCUGAGUUUAUCAAGAAAUACCGUGCGACCGGGGUGCAGGGGACACUGGAGCUGGCUAUAUCCGCGGAUGCGCCUGUUGCCAUGGUUGAUCCCGAUGAAAUCGGGGUGUUCGCUGCCCACCUUCUAGUCUUGCCUGAUCCUUCCGCUCAUAAUAAGGCCCGGUAUGUUGUGAAUGGACCCGUGGAUACCAAUGGGAAGGAGAUCGUGGGCUGGGUGGAGGGGCAUAUCGGCGCGAAGGUGGAGCAUGUCAGUUAUGAAGACAUGUCCGGUCUUAAUUCUUCGCCGCUGCUUGUGGAGCUGAGGAAGAAUAACUCUCCUAAUGUUAUCAAUUCCAUCCAGGCCUCUCCUAUUCCUAUGUGGGCGGGUGAGCUUUCGGUUUCUACGACUAGUAAGGCGGUGCUGGAGCUUGCUCCGCCGCAGCGCACGCCUGAGCAGGUCUUGCGAGGCAUAUUGGAGGUUUAG